GUAUGGAUAAGUGAGGUGGGGACCGUGGGGUGUAGACUUUUCCUUAUUGUCCUCAUAUUGGAACUCAAACAAUCACAAACUGAGCCUAAGUUAAUCAUCAGACCAAACCCAAGAAAGAAUGGCCAGUUUGAAAGUGAGCUGCAGCAACACUGUUUCCUCACACCUGUCGUUUCUUCGGGAUCAUUCUGCCCCUUUCUCCCUCUCACCUCUCUGCAAAAAAGUAGAAGUCACACAAAAUGGAUUUCCAAACACAACCAUAUCACUUCCUAAGCUUCAACUUCAAGCACUUGGGAAAGCCAGAGCUACAGUCCUACUAUCUGCUAAAAUGGCAGCUGGAACUGUGAAUGAGGUGCUUCCACCCUUGCUUGAUUCUAGUUCAGAACCACCUCCAGUUUUUGAUGGAACUACAAGGUUGUAUAUAUCAUAUAUAUGCCCGUACGCGCAGCGUGUGUGGAUCAUUCGGAAUUGUAAGGGAUUGCAGGACAAGAUAAAAUUGGUUCCUAUUGAUCUGGAAAACAGGCCUGCUUGGUACAAGGAGAAAGUCUACUCAGCUAACAAGGUGCCAUCAUUGGAACACAAUAACGAAGUCAGAGGAGAGAGUCUUGAUUUGAUUAAAUACAUUGACAGUCACUUUGAAGGACCUUCUCUCUUCCCUCAUGAUCCAGACAAGAAAGAAUUUGCAGAAGAGUUGCUGUCCUACACUGACACGUUCAAUAGAGCUGUGAUUUCUUCCUUCAAAGGAGAUGGCAUUGGCAAUGAAGCAGGUGCUGCAUUCGAUUACAUUGAAACAGCUCUUUCCAAAUUUGAAGAUGGGCCAUUUUUCCUUGGUCAGUUCAGUCUGGUGGACAUAGCUUAUGCUCCAUUUAUUGAAAGAUUUCAUCCCUUCUUCUUGGAUGUAAAGAAGUAUGACAUCAUAGCAGGCAGGCCUAAACUAACAGAUUGGAUUAAGGAGAUGGACAAAAAUGAUGCUUACAAACAAACUAAAGGUGAACCAAAGGAGCUGGUUGAUGUUUUGAAGAAACGCUUCUUGGCACAAACCUGAAAUCAGUCUCUCAAAUUUACAGCUUCAGAAAAGGUAUAAAUCAUUGGUAAAAGACAGGCAGCUAUUUAUUGUUUUGGACAACUUGAUUUGGAGGAAUUUCUGUAAAGAUGAAUGGAAAUUGGAAAGAUAUUGUGUGUGUUACAACAUAUACAAUUUGGUAGGCAAAGUUCAACUUGUGUUGAUGUGGCUUGUACACAUAUAUACAUGGUAUUAAGGACUUGAUAGAUCA